AUGUAUGUUCUCAUUUAUGUUGAUGAUAUUCUGGUCACCGGAUCUUGCAACUCUCAUAUCUUCAGUCUCCUACAGAGCAUGCGAUCUCACUUUGCUGUGAAGGAACUUGGAUCUCUUCACUACUUCCUUGGCAUUGAAGCCAUUCGCACCAACUCUGUCCUAUUUUUAUCCCAACGCAAAUACAUUACUGAAUUGUUGCGAGAUCUCUCACUUGAUGGUGCCAAACUGAUCAAGACUCCAUUGUCGACAACAAUUGUUCUCUCCAAAUCUGAUGGUGAUCCAUUACCUGAUCCUUCCUCUUACCAGAAGGUCAUCGGUGCUCUUCAAUACUUACUAAUGACACGUCCUGACCUGUCCUUUGUGGUCAACAAAGCUUGUCAAUUCUUCGCUACUUGA